CAGCGCCGUGCCGUUGCGCGUCUACCUGGGCCGAAACCUGCGCAAUGUGCUGGUCGUCGGCUCCGACCAGGCAGCAGCGGCACGCAUCCGAUCCCGAGCAGUGCGACGGUACGGUCACCACGUACUCAGGUGCCGGCAGCCCUUGGCAGUGUUACCUUGGACUCGCUCGCGUGUGCGCUGUCGUGCUCCUCUUUUCCCGACUGCGCCGUGUGCCACUGUGCGUGUAUGUGUGUGUGGGUGUGCGUCAAACAGGUUUGGCAGACUGUGUGUGUGUGUGUGUGUGAGUGUGGGGGGAGGGGGUGGGGGUAAGCAGUGCAUCCCAGCAGUGUCGUCAUGUGGUAGCACCCUGAACACCCUCUUCACCAGCAAACAACUUUAACGCCAACGACUCCAUCCACCCAAAAAGAAAGUCGCGGAAAGGGGACAGGAGGGAGGGGAGUGUCCCUCGAUCGCAAAUGGGCCGGUCCCAGUCGAAGGAGCAGGCGCCGGGUGGCAACAACCCGUGGGAGGCGGAAAUGGCCCGCAAGCAGCGCCGCGACCAGACCGCCCGCGAGCUGUCCCAGGAGCGGCGGGAGCAGGAGCGGCGGGAGCAGGAGCGGCGGGCGGCCAAGGCACGCCAGCGCGCCGAAAAGGAGGCAAAGCGGCAGCAGAAGAAGAAGAAGAAGCAGAAGCAGCUGGAACGGAAGGCGAGCGCGACCAAAUCGAAGCAGCGCAGGUCGAAGCUGGACGAGCUGCGCGACACCGAGCCGCCGCCGAUCGUGCGCAAGUCCAAGGCCAAGCUGGAGGAGAGCGACUACGACUCGGAGGCGAAGCGGCGGAUGCAGCACCAGCUCGCGUUCAACAGUGACAUCUUCGUGCUCAACCAGCUGGUGCUCGGCGUCCAGUUCUACGGGAACUUUGAAAGGGAAAUGUGGGAAGCGGUCGAGCGGAAUCGCAACGAGGAGAACCGACGGAACGGGAAAACCUCGCGCCACUGCAAAACGGUCAUCCUGCCCGACCGUCUGCUGGAGGCCGUCGACAAGCGGGUAAAGUUCUACGCCAAACACGGACCGAAUAAGAACCGCCUGCUGCCGCUCCACACGCAGACCUGCUACGUCGUGCACGACAACAUCGAGAUCACGAACCCGGGCGACAGCUCGGUCUACAGCAUCCUGACGGACGCACCGAUCUACAAGCUCGAGAUCGAGGACGCGCUGGAGGACAAGCUGAAGCAGGCCGGUGUCGAUGCCGGUGCGGUGCGGAAGCGGCGCACCCACUGCCACCACGGCUACAUCAAGCUGAAGAGCGUCGAGUACAUCAAGCCGAACAAUCCGGCACCCGCCCUGGACCGCAUCCUGGCGUUCGGUGCCGAGCCGGGGCCGAGCGGGCUCGGCCCGAAGCUGCCGAACGGGAUGGCGAAGGUGAACAGUCUCAGCGAAAGUGAUACUCUCGAGGAUGAGGACGACGACGAGGAGGAGGAAGCUGACGCAGAGGAGGAUGACGAAACAGGGGCCGGGCGGGGGGCGAACCGGUUCGCCAAGCUCAAGUACCGGGACAGCAUCAUGGUGAAGGCGAGCAACGGGGUGUACGGGAAGCGGCCCCAAUCGCAGCUGCUGCUCGCGAACGCCGGCGUACCGUCGACCUCGACCAGCUCCACGUCACCGCCGAGCAGCGAGUACGACUACGCGUACAUUACCGCAAUCAACACGCACCAGCCGCUGAGCGUGAUGCGGUCGGCCGGGGGAGACGAGGCGCCCGUCAGCACGACCGUCCUGCCGGACUACUGCAUCACCACGAUCUGCUGCCCGAUCGAGGUGCACGAGGGCUACUACAGCGACGACGAGUCGGAGGGCACCGACCACAAGCUGAGCAUGUACCGGGGGCAGGGCGGCGGUGGCCCCAGUGGCAGUGGGAAGCUGCGACAGCAGCAGCACCACAGCAACGCGGAGUACACGACCGAGCGGAGACAGUAUCUCAACUCGAAGGGCUUCCUGGCGUACUUCGUCAACCUGUUCCAGGACACGCUCGCGGCCGAGCUCGACAUCCCGGCGGAGGAUCUGCGCAGCGCCACCUGGAAGGGGGCGGUCGUGUACAGCGGCCAGUGGGAGAUCGUGCCGGCCAUCCUGUCGCCGUGGCCGCGGGAAGCGAUCGAGUGGGUGCACCGGAAGCGGGACGUGAAGAUUAACCCGCUGACGCGGCAGAAGUUCCAGUGGCCGACGCAGCCGAUGAUCCAGAAGGUGAAGUCGUUCGGCUGCCACGUCAUCCCGAGCGGGUACGCGCCGAAGCAGGGGCAGAACCGGCACCGGCAGCUCGAGUGGAAGAUCGUGUUCCCCGAGGCGGAGCGGUACCUGGAGAGCUGCCUCACGGGGACGCAGAUCAAGAUCUACAUGAUCACGGUGCUGCUGCUGAAGACGUUCGUGGAGCCGACGCUAACGCCCGGCCUGAGCAUGUUCGGGCUGGAGCAUCUGCGGGCGCACCUGUUCUGGCAGUGCGAAACGAACUACGCGGCCUGGCCGGAAGACUACCUCGGGGAGGCGCUGCUGCGCUUCCUCAACGCACUGCUCGACCGGAUCAAGACGCACACGCUGCCCGACUACUUUCUCCCUGCCCGCAACCUGUUCGAGAACGUGCCGGAGCGGGUGCUGGUCGAGCUGCACAAGCGCAUCUUCCGCAUCACGGAGAACCCGGUGAUGCAUCUGCUGAUAGCGCUGCGCAACCUGAAGCUGCCGAGCGCCCGGCUCGCCUUCUACCCGAAGGUGCGCAUCAAGCGGCUGUACUCGUUCCUGGUGAUCGACAACCCGCUCAAGAUCGUGAACCCGAUGCUGCGCGACGAGGACGAAAACCUGGCGGCGGAGGACUCGGACGAGAACGAGGCGAACGAGCGGGAGAUCGCGGUCGGCUCGAUGGCGUACUACCACCAGCAGGAGGUGGAGUCGCGCCGCAAGCGCACCCGCAUCGUGCGCUUUCUCGUCGCGGAGCAACUGAAGAAGGAGCGGGCGGUCCAGCCCGAGCGGCGCCAGUCGGUGGAGUCGAUCGAUCUGACGUUUGUGUUCAACUUUCAGUUCCUUCCGCUCAAGCACAUGGAGAAUCUGCGGCGUCAGCUCAUCUACGGACUGUUCGUGGAGCACUUCAUCGAGAUGGCGCGGGUGUCGGGCGGAUUUCGGGCGCUCAACCAGGCGCUCAUCUACCUGCGGCAGGCCGAGCGGCUGUGCAACCUGCUGGCGGACGACGAGGGCAUUGAGGAGGCGCGCCAGUUCCUCACGCAAAUCUACGGCCUGCGGCAGGAGCUGGCCCGGGCCAGCGCGAAGGGGGCGGACCGGCCCGCCCUGCCGAAGCGCACCAGCACGACCGAGCGGCAGCAGCAGCAGCAGCAGCAGCGCCGGAAGGUGUCGGUCGCCCGGCAGAACAGCAAACGGACCACCUACACGAACGUCCGGCCGCAAACUACGUCCGCUGGUGCGAAGCGUCAGCAGCAGCCGCAGCGCUUCUUCUCGCCCGACGAUGAAGACGAGGACGAGGAGGAGGAGGAGGAGGAUGAAUGGGAAGAUGUGGAGCAGCGGCGCCCGUCCCGCCGGCUGUCGGCGCAGCCUGCGGGCGGGCUGCGCGGCCGCCGGCCGUCCCAGAAGCAGCAGCACCAGCACCAGCAGCAGGUCAGCGUACAGAUACACGCACCAAAGUCACCGGGGGCGGGACCGAGGCGGUCGGCCGGCGGACCGCCCCGCUCGUCCGACGAGAUCGACGACAUCUCGCGGCUGCUCGGGAACGUUACGGUCACACCGAGACAGGGUUACCGAUAGCUAUCGGCGUGAAUGUGCAGUAGGUGGAAGAGAGAGAGAGAGAGAGAGAGUAAGUGCGAGUGAGCGAGGAUGAAAACAAAGGCGUCAGGAACACUCCACGAAGCGGUAG